AUGUCUUCUCGCAGCGCCAACUACUACGGCAACUCCAAGGACAAUGACACCCACGGUGCCCAAUCUGCCACUUUCCGUCACGUUCCCGACAGCCCAUCCUACAACUUGGAUCGCUUUGCACUCGGCCAGCCCCAAUCGCGCCCUCCGCCAGGUUUGAGUAAAAAGAAAGCCGAAGCUAAGGCGGUAGCCCAGGCAGAAGCCCGCGCCUCUGCCCUCAUACGCGCAUUCGAUACGCGCUUCAACAACGCCAAUCGACCUCCAAAGCAAUAA